AUGGCUUUACUUGGUAAAACUUUAAAGGGGAGAAGUACAAGACCUGGUGGAAUACCUCAAAAGAGGAAUAUUAAAUGGCGUUAACUUGCAAAAAAUUAAGAAGAAUUUGAUUAAUUGAAGCAGUUAGCUAAAAUGAAGCGUGAAGGACUUAAAGCACGUAUUAAAGAUGAACAAAAAGUAGUGACAUUCAAUAAAAAGAAAUUAAUUACUUAUUGGAGAAAAAUUAUGCGUAUUGCCAAAACUGAAUAAUUAAAAAAUGAAAUUGAUAUUUACAGUUAAAAUAACUAAAGAGAGCUCGAUUCCAAGGAAGCUUUCAUUUAGAUGUUAGAUAAAAAUUUAGAUGAGGCUGAAGAUUAAUUUUAAAUUGCUUUACGUAAUCACUUGAUCCAUAUAGAAAAUUUGAUGCAACUCUAAGAAGCAAGAAUGAGAGGUCUUGCCGAAGAAUUCAACCGUGAUGUUAACAUCCUAGAAACUGAAUUUGAUCUUGAGCGUGAAGAAAUGGUUAAGACUCAUAAAACUUAAUUAAAAGAAUUGGAAGACAUGAUUGAAACUGUUAAGGAAGAAGAUAAAAAGAAGACUGAAGAAGCUCAAAAUGAGUUUUCAUAAUUUAAAGAAGAAACAAAAAAUAAAAAUCUUGAAGAAACAAAUGUAAUGAAAAUUAUAUUGGAAACAAAACAGACUAAGUAUUAUACAGAAUUAGAAUAAAUGAAUUCUAAAUUUUAGAGCGAUACCUCAAAUAAAGUUAAAGAUCAUUAGUUUUAUCAUGCCCAUAAUAAGAAUAGAAAGUAGGAAAUAGAUAGAUAUUUGAGAACUAUUUCAUCUAAAAAAGCUAAAAUCGAUUUAAUGAAGCUUAAAAUUCUUUAACAUUGUAAAGAAUUCAAUGCAAGAAACUCUGCUUUAAAGAAGGAAAAGGAAAAUAUCUCUCGUAAUUAUCAUGAAUUAAAGUUAAAAAUGUAAAAAUUCAGAGAGGAAGAGUCAAGAAGAUUAAAGGAACUUUCAAAUAAUUCUCGUAAUGCUGUAUUAAAACUGAGAGAAUACUGUGCAUUAGGAGAAAAAAUCCUCAAAACUGCUGAACUUUGCCGUAGACUUGAAACUGAGAAAGAAAAGGUCCUUCCUUUCUAUGAGAGUUCUGUUGAUGAAGACCAGAUUCCUGAAUAACUUAAAAAUGAAUUUGAGCAUUUAAAGAAAGAGGAUGCAGAAGAAUAUGCUUAUUUAAACAAUUUUUACAAAAGAUACAACAAGGUGCUUCUUGAUAAGUUAGCGAUAGAAAAAUAAAAGGAAAAUUUACAAAGAGAUAAUUAAUUGCUUAAAUCACUUCUUAAGUAAUAUUUAGAUGGAAUUUCCCUUAACGACGAUGUGCUUAAAAACGAAAAUAAUCCUUUGCUCGUAGUAAAUCACAAGUUUAAUUUGGGUAAGAUGCCAGUAGAGAAGAUAGAAAAUAAAACUGUAAUCGAAGGUGUCUUCGAAGUUAGAAAUACAUCUCACUAAUUAUAAGGAUAAAGAGCUCCUCCAUUCUAGUGA